CACACGCGCGGGUGCGCUUGCGGGUAGUUUUUCAGUAGAGCGCAGUGUUUAGACACAAGAUUUACACGGAACAGCGUUACCAUGGCUGAGGGAGGACAUUGGUGAAUAGGGCUGAUUAACGACGUUUCAGACCAGAAAGGUGUUGAAACGCCCUGCAGCAUCCGACACUUGUGAUAUUUAAAGGAGCAUGGUUAAAGGAUAUAUGUGACUUUUACUUAUACUCGGAUCAUUUUAUUUUAUCGUUGGAUUUGGGAGGUUCGCUGAUUUCCAGAGAUCUUCAAAGAUGCUGCUGUCUAAAUUUGGAUCUUUUUCCCACAUUUGCGGUACGACUAACAUUGACCACUUGCCGGUGAAGAUUCAGCUCCAGUCAGCUAAAGUGGAAAAGGAACAGUUUGAUAAGGUGUACCAUCUGGGCUCUGUGCUGGGAAGCGGCGGGUUUGGGACUGUGUACGCUGCCAGUCGCAUUUCAGACGGUUUGCCGGUUGCUGUUAAACACGUGGCCAGGGACCGAAUAACCGAAUGGGGCACAAUCAACGGUUCGCUGGUUCCGCUAGAGAUUCUCCUGAUGAAGAAAGUGGGAAAUGCAUUUCAGGGUGUUAUUAAAUUGCUUGAUUGGUACGAGAGGCCUGACGGGUUUUUGAUCAUUAUGGAGCGGCCGGAGAUGGUGAAGGAUUUAUUUGACUACAUCACUGAAAAGGGCGCACUGGAUGAGGACACGGCGCGGAUUUUUUUCCGCCAGGUGCUGGAGGCUGUGAGACACUGUUACAGCUGCGGGGUGAUCCACCGGGACAUUAAAGACGAAAACCUGCUCGUGGAUUUGCGCACAGGAGACAUUAAACUCAUCGACUUCGGCUCAGGGGCAAUCCUCAAGGAUACCGUGUACACUGACUUCGAUGGUACAAGAGUCUACAGCCCACCAGAAUGGAUUCGCUACCACAGGUACCAUGGACGCUCUGCAACGGUGUGGUCACUUGGUGUGUUGCUAUAUGAUCUGGUUUGCGGAGAUAUACCUUUUGAGCACGAUGAUGAGAUUUUGAAAGGUCGUCUCUUUUUCAGAAGAAAGGUCUCCCCUGAGUGUCAGCAACUUGUCAAGUGGUGUCUGUGCUUGAGACCAUCGGACAGACCUACAUUGGAACAAAUCUUUGAGCAUAAGUGGAUGCAUACCGAGAAAGACUCCAAACCCUUGACCAGGGACAUCACCCUUCAUGCAAUCUGCACAGACUCCUCAUCCAGCACAUGUUCAAGCAAAGAAAGCCUCUAACAGCAACACAUUUUCUGACCCAAAUUUGUUUAAACUUGUCUUUAAAUUAAUUUAAAUUAUUUUCAGUCUUUUUUUUUUUGUUUGUUUCUUUUUAAAUGAAUAUUUUUUUAACACUCAUGGGAAGUGCAAAUGCAAUAAUGCUAGCAACCCUAUGGCCAUAUUCUUUGCUCUUAUAGAGCCUAUUCCUUUUCCUUUUUUUUUUUUUUUAUCAGUUACUUACUAGUGCCUUUUUCUUCCCAAAAAAGCUGCUUGGUGGGACAUUAAAACUUUUUUUGCUCCCUUGCCCUCUUGUGGUGGACUAUAUUCUCUCUCUCCUUACCCUUUCCAACAUGCAUUGUAUACCGAUAACCCCCUCUACUCCUCCACCUCAGCUGUUGCCACAUAUUGGCUUUUGGAUGGUAGAUACUUUAGUGAAUUGCACAAUCAAUGCAAUAUUAUUAAUUGAUUUUAAGUUUCUGAAUACAAUUAUUUGUAUUUAUUUAUAUUCACUCCCAUGUGUUAUUUAUUCAUACAAAGCAAACAUUCCACAUUCUGUGGCUAUUUAUUUAUUUAUUGAUUUUUAUACCAUCAGCAAAAAUAAUGCUAGAUUUGAUACCCUUGCCUUAUCCUGUAGUUAACUCUAAAUACCUGCAAAUAAACUAUGCCUGUCUCAUACUGAUACACAUUUAUGUGUGAGGUGUUAAAGUUCUAAUUCUAAUGUACCUUGAAUCUAGAAUCUGUCACUGGUUUUCCAUGAAAGUAGAUAAAAGUAACAUCCUAGGUCAUCCUUCCACUGUGACUGUGGAUUUCUCCCUUCCUGCAUUGUGAACUGCAAUGAGUAUUUUUUUAUGACAAUAAAUUCCAUAAGCUGAAA